CCUGAAAUAGAAUAAGAUGGCAUUUGUAAUGGAGUUUGCAGAGAAUCUGAUAAGGAGGAUGAUGGAGGACCCAAAGGAACGGGAUCGGCAGUUCAGAGAGCACGUUUAUUCAGUGCAGGAUCGCUGCAAAAAGACUAAAGAAAUGUGGAGCCUACCCAUCCGACCUUAUGGGUUCUGGACAUUUGAACGCCACAAUGCACAGCUCGCAUGGGAUGCCCAGAUUAGCCAGGUACCUGGACGAAGGGACCCCUAUGAUGACCUCCUUCAGCAGACUUAUGAGAGCAGUACCCGCAAAUGAGUUAGUGGUUGAAGUCUUACUCUAUAUCUCUGUGAUGGAUAUUCUGAG